AUGGCCUUAGUAGCAUUCAUCUUCCUUCUCUCCUGCCUCCUGGUUGACUCUGCAGGCGGCAGAUUACUCCCCAAGUCAGCAAGUAACCCGGUGUUCGGACCACGGCAGGUGUAUGGUCUGCUCGACGGCUUGGUGACCGUGAAAUGCUUCUACCCUCCCACCCGCGUGAACAGGCACGACAGAAAGUACUGGUGCAGGGAAUCGGCCAAGGGCUGCGCAACCAUUGUCUCCACCAGCGGCUACACUGCUACAGGCUACCAAGGCAGAGUCUCCAUCACAGACGACCCGCAGGCUCAAAGCUUCCAGAUCAACCUCACCCAGCUCACACUGGGAGACGCCGGCACCUACCAGUGCGGUGUUGGUAUCAAUGGCCGAGGGCUCUCCUUCAAAGUCAGUCUGGAUGUUUCUGAAGGUCCACACGUACCCGAGGGAGCCAAGCUCUUCUACGUGAAGCUCCACAGCACUUUGACCAUGUCCUGCAGCUUCGGGGAGGAGAACGAGAGCAAGAGGAAGUUCUUGUGCAAGAUGGAUAAAAACGGCUGCCAUAACAUCAUCGACAGUUAUGGGAAGGUCAAUGAGGAUUACAAAGGGCGAGUUCUGCUGAGCAAUGAGGAGCCUGCAGGCUCCUUCAGCAUCACGAUAACUCGGACGGACUGGGAAGACGCUGGCUUGUACCUGUGCGGGGUCGGCACCUAUGGGGAGGAUGGAGAAACGAAGGAACUGGACGUGCAUGUCUAUCAGGAGACUAAAGUUCCUCAAGCAAAGCCCACAGUAUUUGGAGUUAAAGGAAGUUCAGCAACGUUUGAAUGCCGCUAUGGGCCGCAGAGAGGGUCCUCGCUGAAGUACUGGUGCAAGUGGAGAGAGAGCGGGUGCGCUCGGAUCAUAGACAACGCCGGGUACGUGUCGCCGGCGUACGAGGGAAGAGUGGCCAUGUACGACAACCCGGAUAACCAGACCAUCUCCAUCAUCCUGAACCAGCUGAAGGACACGGACAAAGGCUACUACUGGUGCAUGACAGACGAGGUGAAGGAGCAGCAGUCAUCAACUGAGCUGAAGAUCGUAGACGGAGAACCCGCGCUGCAGGGAGAGAAGGCGGUGGAGGUGCAAGCGGGUUCACAAGUGGAUUUAACUUGCUCUUACUCCUGCAAGUACUACUCCUACGAGAAGUACUGGUGCAAGUGGAGCGGCCCCAGCUGCAUCCCCCUGCCUGCUUCCGACCAAAGGCAGCCGGGGCCGGGCGUUACCUGUGACAGUGACAACAAGACGGUCAUCCUGAGCUUUGACCCGGUGGCAGAGACAGACGAAGGGUGGUACUGGUGCGGGGUGAAGCGCAACGGCCAGUUCGGGGAGACCAUGGCAGUGUACCUGCAGGUGACGGCAGGAGAUACAGGGAGUGCUGCUGGCCGCAGCCUGGUCCUCCUGGACGUUAACACCGCCCACCACGCCGAGCAGGAUGACGUGGACACCCCCAGCCACGCCGAGCCCCCCAGCCAUGUCAACCAGGACGUGGACACCCCCAGCCACGCUGAGCCCGGCUUUAUUCCCCAAGGAAGAGCCUCCGGCGAUGCGGAGGUGCGAAGCGCAGCUGGCUCAGAAAGCUCUGAUCAAAGCCAGGGCCCCAACACACUGGCUUUGGUCCUUGGCCCCGUUGGUGGUGUGCUCCUGGUCCUCACGACAGCUUUUGCCAUUUUCAAAUACAGGCAGCUGAAGGGAUCUGACCUGGUGUCAAUUGGGAGCUACAGGACAAACAUCAGCAUGUCGGACUUUGAAAGCGUGAAGGGGUACAGCGCGAGCAACACCAUCUGCGAGAAAGACACCCAGGAGACGCAGAUAGGAGGGGACGAGUUCAUCACCACCAAGGCCCCCCCGGCAAGCACUGCUGAAGCAAAGAAAGCAAAAAGGAGCUCCAAGGAAGAUGCUGACCUCGCCUACUCCGCCUUCCUCCUCGCCUCCAGCAGCAUCCCGCAGGCGAGCGCUGAGGGGGACAGUGCUGCCCCGGCCAUGUCCCCCCCAGACCGGGAGGGACAGGUCUGA